AUGCCUGCUUGGGGCAUACAGCUUUCAUUCUGUCCUUUGGCGGAAGAUUUGUCGGGCUCUCUUUCCCGUCACAGAGUCUGCAAGCCCGAGUCGUCCAACAAGAGUGAUACGAGAACGAGGGACAGCAACAUCGUCAGCGACGUUCAACGUAUCCUGCCAGUUCUCGAUAAUGAUCAACGUUCCCGCUCCUUCUUCAGUGCUGCCCGAGCUCGAAGUUUGCGGAUGAACCAAUCCGACCGCUCGCCUGACCUGUUUUUCACUAGGACUAGCGAAGACACUUACGGAUACAGCGGCAGUGAGAAGUCCUUUCCCGACGAAAGCUGCCCUCUUGUUGGAUCCUCCGUCGCUCUUCAGAUCCUACAUCUGGCCUCCAAAUUAGCUGCCUCAUUUACCAACACUGCCACUAGCGUCGCUCGGCUUUUCUGUUCAACGCUCCUCAAAAUACAUGACCAGCCAACGAUCGCGAUCCGCUACACAACUGCGUGCCCUGUACGCUUCACGAAGAUCACGCAGCGUAUCGUUAGCAGAUGGGCCAGGAUUUCUUUACGCCUUCGUCGAAUACGGUCAUCGUUGGAAAAUCGGGAUGACCAACAGCUACAAUCGGCGGAAAGCCGAAUGGGAUCUGCUUCAAAAGACCUCGCAUCCAGUGCACACAAUAGUUUCUACGAUAAGGUGGUAGGCGUCACAUCGAGAAAUUCAUCUUCCUUGGAAAACGGAGACGCAUUUGGCGAAGGAAGAUUCGGCCAGUGCUUGUGCGCGCUGGAUCUUCAUAAAGUGAUUAUGCGUAAAGCUCUCGAAUUGCCCGCAAACAAUCAAGAACUACUGGAGAUCUCAAGGCCCAUUGAAGAUUGUUGA